AUGCUGGUCGUGUUUACGGGACGCCUACCAUUUGUGGAGGCUGAUGAAUCGGGUCAGCUGGUCACAAAAUGGACCUUCUUGUUGACCUGGCUUCCGUUUGUGAUUUUUCACGCCCAAUCCACUCCCGCAGGCGUCGGACUGCCUCUCCUCGGGGGAUUGGACAGCCUCAAGCACCCAACCAUGGACGCCCCUGCAGAUGCUGUGAUGCGUGUGGCUCAGCUCGCCCUCUCCUGCACCGCAGAGCGCACUGCAGCCCGCCCAAGCAUGGCACACGUCGCCAACGAGCUGCAGGCCAUCCGGGAGGAGGUGGUGGGGAAAGAGGAGUUGAGUGCGGCAGUAAAGGUGGAUGUGCAGGUCAAGGAGAAGGAGGCUGUUGCAAGUGUGUUAAGCCUCGACGAGCAGCUUCAAUUUCUUGAUGACAACUUGGCUGAAGGGAAAAAUAUGUUUUAG